CGAGCGUGGGAGCGAUCUGCCCAUGGGCCCCCGCCGGCUGCUGCUUCUGGCGCUGCUUCAGGCAGUUUGGAAAGGUGUUCUGGGAAAGUCCCAUUCACUGCACACUCGAGGAAUCAUUGAACUGGCUGGAGCCAUAACGUGUGGCACAGGACGGUCUCCCUUGGCAUAUAUUGGCUAUGGGUGCUACUGUGGACUGGGAGGACGAGGUUGGCCUAAAGAUAAAACAGACUGGUGCUGCCACAGGCAUGACUGCUGCUAUGACACGGCAGAGAAGGAAGGCUGCAACCCCAAGGUGCAGCGCUACCAGUGGGCGUGUGAGCAGAACACCGUGCGGUGCGAUAACCUGACAGACCGAUGUGAAAAAAUGGUGUGCCUGUGUGACCAAGAAGCAGCCAAGUGCUGGGGAGCAGCCCCAUACAAUCCUCACUUCAUCCUCUGGCCAGACUUUUUAUGUGGACAGACGCAUCCCACCUGCCAUGUCAGAUAUGGGGGGCCAGAAUAG